GAUAGACAAUGCCGUUUGGAAAAAUUUGUAUAUCGCCUGUACCUCGUGUGCCCAGAAGAAGUGGUACUCCCAUAAAUUCAAGGGGGAACACUCCUGACUCUUGGGGAGCGGCUUGUGCUUCUCCCAGUGAUUUCAAGAGUCGUUCUCCAUCGCCUAGAAUACCGCCUGGGGGAGACUGGAUCGCUUGGGCAGAUAAAUUAGAGGCCGACUUGGCCAAAACUACGGCUGAGUUGGAAGCUGCCAAGCAUGAGAUUGUAAGACUAGAGCACCCACCACCGUGUGCGAAAUGUGCUGAGCUCAAAAAAAACUAUGAAGAGUGCCAAGUGCACUUCAGAAUUUUGGUUGCAAAAAGUAUGCACGAGUCGGAGGCUGCUGAAAAGGCACGUAUUGUAGAGCGAAGAAGAAGUAUGAAUUUGAAUAAGGAGUUGAUUGAGCUGCACGAUGAUCUCCACAAUGUUAGGCGUGUGUUUGUGUACAAUGAAGAACUUCUACGCCAACCACAAACGCUACUAGAAGAAGCGCUUUAUGAAGAAGAAGUUGUACUGUCUUGUUUGGUUAGGGGUGAGGUCGAAGAGACUUGGUUAAAAGUUCAAGAGAAUAACACCGUGGAGGUUGCCGUUAUGGUUUUAAACAAUGAUGGUGAACGUGUCACGCUUUCCUGUAUUUUGCAUAACACGCACAACGAGCCGUUCAACGUGUGCAAUGGGGCAAACUGGAAAGCUGACAGAACUUGCGUAGUUCUGCACUUUGGCAAUUUGGUGAUUACGAAAUAUGGAGAAAAAAUAGCGUUCGAUAAAGCCUUUGUGGGAGUGUUGGCAAGAGGUACUACUAAUUCAUUAUUAUUAAUUAAUGUAGCCGACAAUGGCCUUGCUGCCUUACUUAGCGAAAAACGUAAUAGGCUUUGAUAUGUGCUAAAAUAAUCAAUGUUUGGUGUUAUUUUAUAAUUAUCU